AUGUCUCAACGCACUCUUUUUCGCGACCUGCAAUGUCGAAACAAUUUUGUCUGCCAGUCGUGCCUCUCGACCUUGGCAAAGCCCGUUCCAGUGACAUGGCAGACCCGACAGAAUAGCUCGCAAGCGGCCCAGCGCCACCGAACACAAACCCAAGGACGUCGCAACCCUCGAGCCUCUGCACGAACACCAGCACAAAACCCCUUCUCGCUACCGAUAGGCAACAAUGGACAGGCUGGUCACUCAGGAGGUGCUGCUGCCGCCGCGCUCCUUAGACAGCUUUUGAACAAGGAAAAGGAGACGACAAUGCGAUUUUUCGACAAGGAUGAAAAGGGGGCCAUCACCGAACUCCCCAACGACGACGCUUUCUCCGAUGCUCUCAACGGUAAAGGUGAACUGGAGAAGGAGUUCAAGCUCGACCUGGCAUCCGACAUGCGGCAGCUUCUGGGCGCUUUGAAGCAGGAUGGAAGCUUAAAGAAGCUGGGCAUUGAUGACCCCGACGCCGUGGCGAAGGAUCUUGAAGACCAGCUGGGCAAUCUCGACGAUCCUGAAGGUCUCGGAGAACGAUUUGACGAAUACAUCAAGGAGUUGGAGGACAAAUUGGAAGCGCAAGGGCUUCGGAUGGACCGCCUGACGAACAUGGACGACGACGACUUUGAGAACGAUUUUGAAUUCUUGGAUCAGCCGAUCGCAAAGCCCAAGACACGCCGCCCAGUACCACAAAUCCCGACCGAAAUGUGGACGUACAAUCAGAGACGAAGGCUCAGUCGCCUCAACGCCAUUCUCGAGCGGGUCGACAAGCAGCUCCGGCUGCGUGAGGCGAUUACAGCCAAGACGGUGCAGUCAGUCUGGAAGGCAUACAAUCUGGCUCGGCAAACCCUCGCCAAAGGUUGGGCCAAUGUUCCGCAGGAGGUGUGGGAUCUGCUCUGGGCCAUCUUGUCGGUGGAGGAGGCUGUCAACCCCAGCCGUUUCGCCUUUCUGUCUCUGCUAGCGCGGGAUAUGAGCGAAGCAAAAGUGGCGCUGAAUCCGUCGCAGCAGUUGAUCACGAUGGAGGCGCUUUUCGUCGACGGUUUCGAGGCGAAGGCGAUCGACAACUGGAAAAGAUGCAUGUCGACCGCUCGGCGACAGCGGGAGGCAGAUGGGCAGGAGGAAGUAGGUGACGCCGCGGUUGUUGUUGGCGGGCAGGGUGUGCUCGAUGACAUCGCCAUCGGUGGCGCCGAAGCCGGCUAUCGUGCCGGUGAUGAGGCCGGGGUGGAUCAGACGCUGAGCGAAGGCCCGGUGGCCCGUGAAGCGGAGGAACUCUGGCGUCGAGGACAUGGUGACGGUCGCUUGCGUCGUCGACAAGCAGGCGUAGCUCGUGGGUCGAGGCUCAAGGGCUCUCUUUAG